AUGGGAGAUGAGAAAUCGGCGAUCGUGAUGGCGAGUAGAGAUCGAGAGCUUCUCAUACCCGUCGCUGACUCCCCCGAUGUUGACGCUGCUUCCAAACCUUCUUCUUCUUCUUCUUCCUCAUCAUCGCAUCACUCAGGACGCGAGACAUUUUACAAAUUUGUUAGGAGCUGGGCUUCCAAAAAAUUCAUGACAGGAUGUGUCAUCCUGUUUCCCAUUGCAAUCACUUUCUACAUAACAUGGUGGUUUGUUCACUUUGUGGAUGGAUUCUUCUCUCCAAUCUAUGCCCAACUUGGAAUUGAUAUCUUUGGUCUUGGAUUUAUAACCUCCAUAACAUUCAUUUUUUUGGUUGGGGUAUUCAUGUCAUCCUGGUUGGGAGCAUCUGUCUUGAGCCUUGGGGAGUGGUUUAUCAAACGGAUGCCAUUUGUUCGCCAUAUUUAUAGUGCCUCCAAGCAAAUUAGUGCUGCCAUAUCACCAGACCAAAACACUCAGGCUUUCAAGGAAGUGGCCAUUAUAAGGCAUCCACGUAUUGGUGAAUAUGCUUUUGGGUUCAUUACUUCAUCUGUCGUCCUCCAGAACUACUCUGGAGAAGAGGAGCUAUGCUGUGUCUAUGUUCCCACAAAUCAUCUAUACAUUGGUGAUAUAUUCUUGGUCAAUACCAAGGAUGUUAUCAGACCCAAUCUUUCGGUCCGAGAAGGAAUUGAAAUUGUUGUCUCUGGGGGGAUGUCAAUGCCCCAGAUCCUGUCAACACUUGAUUCACGUGUUGAUAGAAAUAGAUCUGAAAGAAGUGCUGGAUUUGAGGCUGGUUUACAACGGCAGAUAGGCUUGUUGGCUUUGGUUCUCUUUUUCCCUACGUAUUAG